AUACAGAUCUCGUUUCUAAAGCAACCGACAGAUACCGCGAUAUCGUAGAGUACCGCACGUUUUUACUAUACGCUCGACUAUUGCAGUUGCCUUCACAACUUCGGAGUAAUCUGAACGCAUUACUAAGUACCGACUGAUUAGUAUCGCAUCGUCGGACGUGCAGUUACGUAUAUUUUUCGUCAAAUAUAAUAUUAAAAUAGUUAGAAAAAUAACGUCGUCAAAUUUAAUUUUUUCAAUUAGUCUUCGUAGUCGUUCGCGAUCUUUACCUACAUUAUAUUUUUGUAUUAAUUUAUAUCGUCUCAAUCUCCGUCGCGAGUCGUCGUGUUAAUAAAUUUAUAUUGUAGUACACGUGCUUUAAAUAAUUUUUUUUUUGUUGUUAUAAUUUUUUUUUAUUUUUAGUUUAUUUUUGUUUUUUUUUAGUAAUUUUUUUUACUCGUUUAAUUUCAAUUUUUUUCAAGUGCGAUUGGCUUAUCGAAUUAUUUUUUUUUCGCGCUUUAUUUUUAUUUUUUGUGUUAUUUAAAUUUUUUUUCGUCAAUUUUUGCGCGAUUUUUUUUCAUUUAUCGAUUUUUUGCGCGAUUCGUAGCCCCAUAUUCGUUAAAUAUCUACGUAUAUGAUCAUGUAAAAAUUAUCAUUGUAGUAUCGUGUGUCGCGGAUGUGCUGCGUUAUUUUUAUAUCAAUUCGUUGGCUCGUUCGUCGAUUUUAUACCUCUUCGAACAUGUAUCGAAUAAAAUUUGGUUAGUGCUUCAUUCACCUCCAUCAUCAUCAUCAUCACUUCACACACACUGAAGAAGCCACAUUCGUCAGCAAUUUUCCAUCGUUUACACCUUUGAAAAAAAAAAUACAUAAAUAUAACCGAGCCACGAGGGCAGAAACGAUGCAUCGGAGGCAUAUAAGCCUGUAAAAAGCAGACACCCCACGUAGAAAAAAAAAUGCAGAAUUUCGCCAGAAAAUCCUCGUCAGUCGCCUCCUCGGAUCCUUCAAUGCCGAGGAUCGAGGCGACCACCGAAUGCUAUCUAGAUCAAGACGACGACGACGACUGCAGUGAUGGCGAAGAAGACGGCGUGAAAAAGCUAAAAAACCGACGUAAGCUAAAAAGACACGAAUAUCGAUUACGAUGCAAAGAACUAAUUUCAAAUUUUAAAAUACCGUAUUUAAGAAUAAGCCCGAAUCCGUUUUCGAUCGCUUUUCUAAUUCUAGUGAUAAUUUCGAGCGACGUUUGGCCUCAUACUAAAUCCUCGCUGUACGUAUCAUGUACGCCGGUGCUGUUUCGGCACCAUCAUAAUUAUAAUAAAAUGUUAACGACAAAGGUUAACCAGCAGCAAAACGUUUCUAAGUCAGUUAAUAAUUUAAAUAAUCUAAUGAACGAUGUAAAUAAUAUCGCCGCGGUCGACCCGGCAGCGGCUGUUGCCACCACGAGCAACGUUACUAGUUUAUCAAUUUACGAUAAAUCAUCGUCGACGUCGCUGCGGCAGCGGCCACAGCAGCAGCAACAGCUCGCCGCCCAGCAUAAUACGCUUCUUCAAUAUUACGGUCGUCCCAAUAAUAGUAAUAUGGAUAUUAGUAAUUAUAAUAGUAAUAAUUUAUUUCAAAAUACUGUAAAUAGUACUGGUGAAAUGUUCCUACAAAGUCAGUCGUCGUCGUCGACGUCGCUCGAGACGUCCUCCGAGCAACCACCUCAUCAACAACCCGAGUUCCUCUUAAAACGUCGUCGAAUAGGACGAAGUUACAAACCAUACAGAAUCUCCGAUACUACCAAUAAUAAUAAUAACAACAACAAUAAUGUUCUGGCAGCCACCAAUAACGCCACUUCAUCCGCAUUAUCGGCAGCUUCAGCCCCCUACGCUGCCCCACCAGCCCCAGCCCCAGUAGCGGAUGACUACUCUUCCAGCAGCAGCAGUGGUAGCAGCAGUGGCAGCGGUAGUAGCAAAAAUAGCGGCCAAAGUCGUAGUUUUUCUAAGUCUUCGUCGACGACCAGUUCCUUGAUAUCGCCUUGUUCGCACGUCGGCGACGAAACCAACGAGAUAUCCGCCCGAGCGUACAUGGCCGAAACCAUAUUCGAGGGUAAGGUUGGCUCAAAGAGCUCGGUACGCGACCCCGGUGGCAGAUACGGGGUCACUUUCGUCGUCCAGCAUGUGCACAAAGACCAAAGCAACGGUCAAAACUCACUCCGGAUACGUACCCAAGUUCGACUGUACUUUAAGCAAAAGCUCACCACUACGAAACCGACGGCUCACUGCGUGCAAAGGUACAACUAUACCAGGAGACCCGGAGAUCUCACCAAAGCCAAUAUUAAAAGAGGCAGAAGGUACAUCGUCUUCGUUAACGGGAUCGGACCGCAUAACUACACCAUUCUAGGCGAACCGGUGCCCAAAACGAAGAAAAAUUUACAAGCUGUACGAGACGUGCUGUGCCGGAAUUGUGUUAGACAGAUUGGAGUUUGGGGUCUGAAGAAUGUAUCAGUGGAUGUCGGUAAACCGCUACAAUUGGUAUGUCGAGUCAAAGGAAACCCAUUACCAGCCUUGCAAUGGUUCAAAGACGGAUCACCAAUCAUUGUCAAUUCCAGAUUGAGGAUACAAUAUAAAAAGAAGAGAUCCUUAUUGGUGAUUCCAGAAGUACGUAACAGCGAUGCGGGUAGAUACGAAUGCAGAGGUAUGGGCGUUCAGAGCAUAAGUCCGGUCAGUUCAUCAGCGACUGUAAACAUAAAUACGAGAGUGAAUAAUAUUACAGAUUUAUGGCCACUGGCUGGAAAACCUUGCCCGAUGGACUUGGUUUACUGUCUAAAUGGAGGUUCUUGCACGUUUUACGAAACAAUAGGAGAAUUUACUUGUCAAUGCGCAGACGGAUUCAACGGUGCAAGAUGCGAAAGUAAAGACGUAAUAAAUUCUAACAAUGUAACCAUUGAUACGUUAAAAAAAACACCUCGAUUUCAUCAAAUACCAUAUAAAAAACCUUCGAUUUAAAAUACAAUACCUAGAAUUACUAAUAAUUUACGAGCAUAAUACAUGACCAAUAAAAUAAAUUGAGAAAUCCAAAGGCACUCCAUGUCAUCGUUAAAAGUAAAUAUACCGCACUAUUUUUUGUUUCUUUCUGUUGCAUUGCACAAUGUAUAUAUUUAAAUGUUGCUUUAUAUGUGUAGGUGUUGAAUGAAGCACGAAAUGGCGUCUUGAAAAAUUAAGAUUACCUUGUCUUAAUGACUGAUUUAGUUUUAAUUUUUUUUUCUUUUUUUGUUUUUUUUUCUUUUUCUCUCUCUCUUUUUCUUUCUCUCUUUUAUGUUUCUCUUCGCUAUAUACAUAGAGAAUUUUAAGAAUAAUCUGCAUUUAUUGAUGUAUAUAAUGUGAAAAAUUUUACUUACGACUGUUUUAAUUUUUCUUCUUCUUUUUUUUUUGUAAAACAAUAGCUCGAUUAAAUAACGAUUGUAUUGCUAUUUAAAUUUGUUACAUGUUUAAAUACACGUUUGACAUUCCA